AUGAAUAAGAUAUUUAUUGUUAUUAUUUUAAUAAUUACUUUGUUUACUUUUGAAACUAUUAGUCAAAGUACAAGUAGUGAAGUUGAAGAAUGCCCAGAAUCCCCAUAUUACGAUAACCCACCUGUAGAUCCUGAAAAUGCUUAUAAUGGUAUUAUUUAUGCUAAUGAUUUAUCAUCAAUUGAAAAGCAAUUCCAUGAAAAAUAUAUGAGAAUUGCACUUGAUAAAGCUAUUGAACAUAAUUCUAAAUUUGGUGCAGCAAUUGUACAUAAAAAUGGAACUUUAAUGUGUACAGCUGCUAAUACUGGAGAAGGUUCAAGAAUCCUCCAUGGUGAAAUCAGAGCAAUUCUUAAUUGUACUCAAUUAUACCAACAAGAAACAUGGGAAGAUUAUUACAUGUACACAACAGGUGAACCAUGUCCAAUGUGUUCAGCAGCUUUAUUAUGGACUAAAUUUGAAAAAGUUAUUUUUGGAUCAUUUAUUUCAAAUAUGUAUUGUGAGCGUUGUUUCACUCAAUUACCAAUGGAUGCUGAUAGAAUUUUCAGAUUAGGUUAUGGUAUUAAUCAUAAUGCAGUUUUAAUAGGUGGAGUUUUAGAAUCACAAACUGAUUUAUUAAUUCCAUCUGUAUGUGGUACUGGUAGCGUUUUUUCAACCACACCAUUUUGUCAAGCUGGAUGGACUAGAGAUUGCCCAGUAAAUGGAAUUUUUUCAGAUAGUUCUGAUUUUUAA